GGCUUCUCCUCCCACCGCCUGCCUUCCCUCAGCCGGGCGGCGGCUGGAGCCGGGUGCGGGGCCGUGGGGUCGCUCCGUGCCGGGCUGCGCGGCGGAUCUGGGCUCUCUGAACCCGCCAGCUUCUUCCCCUGUUUGCAUGUGCAUUGGAGUAGUGGGUGUUGCAGUCCUUGCAGGAGUGACACCAACCUCCUGCAGUCAUGGCAGACGAGGACCUUAUUUUUCGUAUGGAAGGGAUUGAUAAUGCCAGAACCACUCCAGCAGACUCCGGGAAUUAUCUUGAUGCUGAUAGUGAUGAUGAAGACAAUUAUUUUAUCUGUCCAAUAACUGAUGAUCCAGUUUCUAACAAGUCUGCCAAUACCAAAGUAGACAAUUAUUACAGCAAUUUAGCAAAAACUGAGCAGUACAGCUCAAGCUCUUCUCCCAGGAGCUUUAGCUUUAAGGAAACCUGGAAACAUGCUAUUGAGAAAGCCAAGCAGAUGCCUGAUCCCUGGGCAGAAUUUCAUCUGGAGGACGUUGAGACGGAACACGCCACUCGCUACAGGUACAAUGCAGUUACUGGGGACUGGGUUGAAGAUGAAGUCCUUAUCAAGAUGGCUUCUCAACCUUUUGGCCGUGGUGCAAUGCGAGAGUGUUUCAGAACAAAAAAGCUGUCCAACUUCUUACACACUCAGAACUGGAAAGGUGCCUAUAAUUAUGUUGCCAAGCAGUACAUAGAGAGUGUAAGCAGGGAUGUUUAUUUUGAGGAUGUUCGACUGCAGAUGGAAGCAAAACUCUGGGGAGAAGAGUACAACCGGCACAAGCCACCAAAACAGGUGGAUAUAGUGCAGACCUGUAUUAUUGAAAUGAAGAACAGGCCUGGAAAGCCUCUCUUUCAUCUGGAACAUUACAUUGAGGGCAAAUACAUCAAAUACAACUCAAAUUCUGGAUUUGUGCGAGACGACAACAUUCGUCUAACUCCUCAAGCCUUCAGUCACUUCACCUUUGAGCGCUCAGGACACCAGCUCAUUGUUGUUGAUAUCCAGGGAGUUGGAGAUCUUUACACAGAUCCUCAGAUCCAUACAGAGAGUGGUACAGAUUUUGGAGAUGGCAACCUAGGUGUUCGAGGAAUGGCCUUGUUCUUUCAUUCUCAUUUCUGCAACAACAUCUGCAAAAGCAUGGGGCUUGCACCAUUUGAUCUUUCAUCCAAAGAGAAAGAUGCCUUGGAUUACAAUAAAAAGUUGCUUGAAUCUGCUCAGACAAUUCUCCGUGGCACGGAGGAGAAGUGCGGCAGCAGCCGCGCCAGGACGGUGUCGGGGAGUCGGCCCCCGCUGCUCUCCCGCCUGUCUGAGACCUCAGGGGAUGAAAUCAUGAGUGAUGUGGCCUUUGACUCCCUGCCCUGCUCUCCAUCCUCUGCAACCCCUCACAGCCACAAGGUGGACAUGCUUAAUUGGCCUGUGUUCAGUGAAGUAGAUAACUUGGAUCAGCUUGACAACAAAAGGGAUUUUGAAAAUGGUGGAGACAGUGGAUAUCCGAGUGAAAAGAGAAGUGAGACAGAAGAUCUGGAUCAUAGAGAGAGGGGCCAUUCAAACAGCAGCCGGAGGCAGGAGUCUGAUGAAGACAGUUUGGGAAGCUCUGCAAGGAUCAGUGUGGAGAAAUGGAAUCUUUACAACUCUGCCAGAGUUCACAUCCACAGACCAUCCUGUGUUGCCCAAGAAAUUCAGAGGCUCAAUGCACUAGAACUUGAAAAGAAAAUUGGGAAGUCAAUCCUUGGAAAGGUUCACCUGGCCAUGGUUCGCUAUCAUGAAGCCGGGCGCUUCUGUGAGAAGGACGAGGAAUGGGAUCAGGAAUCAGCCCUGUUCCACCUGGAGCAGGCUGCAGACUGCGGGGAGCUGGAAGCCAUCGUGGGCUUGGGCCUCAUGUGCUCUCAGCUGCCACAUCACAUCCUUUCCGAGGUCACUCUUGAGGAUACAAAGGAGAACAGAAAUAAAGGAUUUAAUUACUUGCUGAGAGCAGCAGAAGCUGGAGACCGGCCUUCCAUGAUUCUGGUAGCAAGAGCAUAUGAUACAGGUGUAAAUCUUGGUGCAGACAGAUCCCAGGAUUGGAAGGAGGCACUGCACUGGUACAACGCUGCACUGAACAUGACAGACUAUGAUGAGGGAGGUGAAUAUGAUGGCACCCAGGAUGAGCCCCGGUACCUGCUUCUGGCCAGGGAGGCAGAGAUGUUAAUGAUGGGAGGGUUCAACCUGGAGAAGGAUCCACAGAGAUCAGGUGAGCUUUACACAGAAGCAGCAGAAGCAGCCAUGGAGGCCAUGAAGGGCAGACUGGCAAAUCAGUACUACCAAAAAGCAGAAGAGGCUUGGGCAAUGAUGGAAGAAUGACACUGAAAUUAAGCAGUUCUUGUAUAUAAAUUUUUUUAUACACUUGCUGCAUUUGCAGCUACAAAGAUGUAUUUUUAUGUGAUGUUACCAGGUUGGGUUUUUUUCUCGUAUUUUAGUUUAUAAUUUUUUUUGAGGGUAGAAAUCUAAAUGCAAGUAGUAUGUGCCAUAUGCCAUAGCAUACUUCUGUUUGUGUUUUAAAGCUGUAAUACACACAUACUUGGGUCUUUUGUACUUUUUUUACUGUUAGAACUGAGGGGCCUAGUUUUUUUGACAAAAGAAAAUGUGGCCUUAUUUUUUAGGCUUUACAUAUCCUGUUUUUUACACAACAAAUGAUCAGUAUGUUUACAUUUUUCUUCUCCUCCCCACAUACAGAAAAACAUUUUCCUAAAUUCUGAGCAUCUCCUCAUCGUUUUUGGUGUAUCUCACCAAAUUUGCACAUGAACAUAAAUUUCCAGUUUAUGGAUGCAGCUACUGAUGUUAAUAAGUAGUCCCAUUCUAUUUUGCUGACAUUGUUGGACACUUAAAUGAAUUUCAGAUGGAAUCCUUUGUUUGGGGAGGGGUAGGGAAGAUGAUUCAGAUUGGCAGUGAGGAUAUUCAGGCUGGAAUGUUUUAUUCAUUACAUAUGAAUAUCAUUACAGCAUUGCAUAUUAUACCAUUAGAAAAUCAUUCAUGUUCCUGAUAAGGUGAGGCAUCCACAUACCUCUCUCAUUUUCACAUUUUGCAUCAUAUAAAAGUUUAGUUGUAUAAAAUUCUACUGAUAUUACAUUUGUCCAAUGACAUAAAGCAGCAAGAUUUGUAAUAUAUGGUAAUCUAAAGUUAGUUUUACAGUGGCAUCUCAAAUCUCAGUGAAAUUAGAUUAUAUCACUUAAAAUGAGACCACAUUUUCCACCAUUUCCAGAUGGAUGUUGAAGAGGUUAGGAGAUGUUGAUUCACCUAUUUCUAUGUACAGAAAACAAUUUAUUAUGUUUUAAAUCUAUUUUUAAAUGGUAUUUUACCUGAAAAUGCCAUUUAGAGAAGAGCUUCUGAUUAGAAAGGGAAAACAGUAUUACCCCAAAACACUUGAAUUUGUGUCCUCUCUGCCUAAUCCUAACCAGUGAGGGGAGGACAAAUACCUGGUGGUGGUUGAAUUAUCAUUGCAUAGAGAUAAGUUUCUUCAAAUCCAGUGUUUUAUUUCAAAGCUGCCUAGUACAGCAGCUGUUCCUAUUCCUUGGUUGUGGUUACCAGUCAUUUUGCUGGAGAUUUAAGCUGGAAGCUUCUGCCUCCUUGGCCUUGCAGUCUCCUGAGGUGUAAAUUGUCCUGCACAAGGGACAGCCCCUGUGAAGUGCUGUAAUGCUCACCACUUCAGCCAAGCUCUUAAAAGCAGGUGUAAAGCCAGGCAGGCUAAGAGAUGAUACAGGAUUGAUUAGGAUUUCUUGCAUGCAUAGCCAAGGAAUGUUAACUUCUUGUAAAAUGCAGAAAGUGUUCAGGGAAGAGAAAUCAGUUCUUCCUUGCCUGCCACUGGAAUCAAAUUGUGCUCCCAUUUUCUCUUUUUUAUGGCAAGUGGAUCUUGGAUUACUGUUUAGACAGUAUCCAAGGGUGAUGUCAGUAACAACUGCCACUGUCUGAAAGAGGUGAACUCCUGGUGGUUAAGGGAGGAAUUUAAUCCUUUCUGGGAGGGAAGGGCAAGUUACCCUUGGAUGUUGUGUUUCUGGCUGGUGCUGUAACCAGCUGUGAGCAGCCUUGCAACACAUGGCAACAUCUUUUUGCUGUAAAUUGCAGAGGUCGUGGGAAAGUAGUGCCCAUGGCCUUUUUCUUUUUUUUUUUGUUUUGUUUUGAGAGUGAGGGAGGAGCUCUUCACCCAUUAAUGGAGGAAUGUCUCAUUUCUCAAGCUCAGUUGGUCUUAGGUAGUGAGGUACUAAAAUGACCAGAUUUUUGGACCUAAUAUUUUUUGUACCUAACAUGCUGAAAUAGAACCAGAGGACUGCUAUUCAGAUGAAUGUUUUCAGUGCCUAUCCAAAGUUCUGCUUUAGAUACCUAAAGCCUCUCUGGGAUGUGGCUUUUUUUGCUGUUUCAGUUCAUAGCAUUAAGGUAUCAGCUGUCAAUGAAAGGUGGAGCACUCACCUCUGAAGACAGUUGAAUAGUCUGUUUUGUGUAGAACCUAUGCAGUGUAGGGACUAUAGCAAAAUCAAACAAAAGGAUUUGUUUCCCUCAUAAGGUGUUGAUGCCAAAUCUUUUGGGAUUUUCCUUGAGAAGGAAGCAUGUGUGACAACACCACUACCCAUUACAGGGAGGAGGUGGAAAGUGCCUGUCCAAAAUGUGCAUGCAAAGGAUGUAGAGUGUAAUUAUUGACACUUUUUGGUGUAGUUUAAU